AUGCCACCGGAAGAUGAGAAGGCACCAUCGGAAAACGUCACCGUUUCAAUAAGUGAUGAAGUCGCUAUAGUAGCGGCACUGUGCGGAGUCCGUCAUUCCCAGCGGCGUCGAACAUGGCGCCGAGGCUGUGUCGUUCCCAAUGGUGCACCCGCCGCCGCUGCAUACAACUAUUGCUAUCAAUUUCAGGAUCAGCUCUCCUUACAGCUGAUCAUGUGGAGGAAUAUUCUUGGUCAGAGCAUUUAUCAGUUGGUUGUUCUUCUAGUCCUCAAUUUUGUUGGGAAGAAGUUAUUAGGGAUUAGUAGUCCUUCAGAUCGCUAG